AUUGGAGGUAGAGACGUCGAGCAUUCUGUAGUAGUAGUUGGUGAUACGAGCAGCAUAGCUCCAAGACCAAUCUCAUUGGGAGGAAUGUAUUUGUUCCUUGCAUAAAUUAGAGUAACAUCUUCACCACUGUUUCGUAUAUUUUCAAAUUCUGGUUCCUGUAGAAUGUUAUAAAGUUGCCUCUGGAGUCUUUCGACACGUGACAAAAUGCGUUGUGUAAGCUUUGAUCUCUUUCUUUUUGGGACACUGUUAGGAUUCCAGAAAGGAUCCUUAUCUGCUUCUCCCAACAAAAGAUGACCGAGGAUGAUCCUGCUGAAACUAAGCUUGGUAUGUUAUUCAGUUCCUCUCCAAGACAAGCUGAAGAUCCCUCCGGUCCAGAAACCACUACUCCAACUUCUAGCCUUUGGUCAUCACGACCUAAGAGACGAGUCGUCUUCUCAGAAGGUUCGCUCAAUCAAAUAAUGGACGCUGACUACGAUUUGGAUUGUCUCCCUGGCUCAAUGGAAAGAGAAACCCGUUCUUCACUUCUUCAAGACAAAAUUCAUGCCUUUCCUCCAAAUACCAUUUGUGCAAGUCAAACUCAUGAUAGGCGAGCAAAAUCAUAUGCACAUGGUUUAGCGGUUUGUUGUGCUCUGAGAUCUUAUUAUUCUUCUCCAAGACCUGAUGCAUCAUGCUUCUUUAGCUUAGUAAGACUUCAAACACGCUAUUGCGUGAAAGAAACACAGAUGUUCUGGCUUAGCCUCUGCCUCUUUGUGAUGAUUUAACAAAGUGACCAUAACUAUUAAGUAAUUUCUCUAGUUUGUAAUAAGAA